AUUCAACAUACGGUGGCGACACCUAUAAAUUUUAGGAAGUUGUUGUAUUAAUGUUACUGAACAGAAUAUUUGAUAAACGUCAAACACUUGACUUAAAUCUCUGAAAAACCUGUGUAGAUAUUCACCAGUCAGAGAUGGCAAGGUAUUCGGAUAGUAUCAACAGUUUUGAACUUCAAACAGUAAGACAUAAUAGAGAUAGCUUAAAUGACCCAGAACACCGUCUCGCUGAGAGAAGAUACAGUAGAGGUGGUGAAAAUGAAGGCAUAAGUCGUAGAAGGAAAAAAAGAGCAAAUUCUUUUGCAUCAGGUACAUUAAGAAUUAGAAGACCAGUAUUAAGGCAGGAUGAGAUAGAACAAGUAGUUGAUGAAAUAGAUAAUGACACACCAGAUCAACCAGUCGCUUUACAAAGUGAUCAAAUCAAGGAGCAAAAUGUACCUAUGAGCGCCAAAAGAGAAAUAAGGCGAAACUUGGAGAGAAGACAGACAACUACACGUAUAAAAAAACCAGGUUGGUUUAGGAGGAAGAAAUAUGAUAUUCAAAUGCAAUGGUGUAGAUUCAAGCUUUGGACAGCUGACCAAUUUUAUACCAUUGAACUUUGGAGAAGUCAUUUUAGAACCAUUGAUGGUCAUUUUGGCAGUGAUGUUGGCUCUUAUUUUAGACUUCUUCGUUGGAUAUUCUCAUUGAAUUUACCAGUCUUCAUUCUAACAUUUUCUUUCCUCACAAUUCCACAAUUGAUAGUCAGAAAUUUAGGAAACUUUGAUGAUAGUCAGGAAUCUGUCACAUGUAAAUUUGAGCAUCCUUUCGAAGGACCAGAAUUUCUUACAGGAGGGGGUUGGUUCAAUCAGACAGAGCUCUAUUAUGGUUGCUACACAAAGGAAAUUAUCCAAAUAUGGAAAGGCCAUAAAUAUGAUAUGAAAUACGCCUAUUUCUUCGUAUGCGUAGCUUACUACUUGUUUACACUCUUAAGAACUGCCUACAGUUUACAGUCAUCCUAUAAAGAAAAUUUUAUCGAAGCAGAAGGAGAAAUUCAGGCCUUUUAUAGUGCCAGAGUAUUUUGUGGCUGGGAUUAUCGCAUAGCUCAUAAAGAGACUGCUUUACUUAAACACAAAACUCUCUCAACAUUAUUAAAGGAAAGUUUGUCAAAAUAUAAUGAAAGAGUAUCGAACAGUUGGAAAACAUUUUUUUUGAAGACAUUCUUUCGUAUUUUGACGAAUGUUGUGUCACUUGCCCUAAUUGGUGCUUCAGGAUAUCUGGUUUGGUAUAUUUCUGAUACGCAAAGUUUAAAGACUGACAAUAAAUUUUUACACGAUAUGGCUAUGCCGUUAACAAUAUCGGCAUUGAAUUUUAUUCUUCCAUUUGCAUUUUCAAUAAUUGCCUCAUUUGAAAACUAUAGCAUACCUCAAUAUGCACUAUAUUUUACAAUGAUUAGAACUUUAUUAUUAAACGCUGCAACACUAGGAGUUUUGGUUUAUUUUUGGUUUAUUACUGUUAAUUGUGAUCAAUUAGAAAAAAAGGAUGAAAAUUGGUUAAAUGCAGCAGUUGAUUGUAAGCCAUGUUGGGAAAGUUUUAUGGGAGAGCAAAUUUAUAGAUUAGUUAUUGUGGACUUCUUCUUUACAAUUCUAUUUACAUUAUUUUCUGAAUUAAUUAGAUUUCUUGUUCAUAAAUGUUUCAAGUCAAGAAUUGAUAAACCUGAAUUCGAUAUUGCAAGAAAUACUCUUAAUCUUAUAUACUCUCAAAGUUUAGUUUGGUUAGGGACGUUUUAUAGUCCACUUUUGUCCCUUAUUCAAGUUAUUAAAUUUUUUGUUCUCUUUUAUAUUAAAAGAUAUAGUCUUACACUAUUUUGUCGACCGUCCUCCAAGCUUUGGAAGGCUGCUAAAACUCAAACCUUUUUCUUAUUAUUUAUAUUUGUAUCGCUGUUGUUAUGCGUGAUAGCAGUUGCUUUUAGCAUGAUUUCCCUGAAACCGUCGCAAAGUUGCGGUCCUUAUCAGGAAUUUAAUACAACUUAUCAGGUAAUAACAGAGCCAUUUAAUAAAUGGUCUGGUAAGCUUAAUUGGCUAAAAGAGAUCAUAAAAUUGAUAACAUCUGAUGUUUUUUUCUUCCUGAUCCUAACUGUUUUGUCCGUUACUGUAUAUUAUACGAGAAUAAUCAUGAAUGCUCACUUUGAAGUAGUCCGCCUGCUUAAACAUCAAUUACACAACGAAGGCAAAGAUAAACAAUUUCUUAUAGGCCUACUACAAAACAACUCAACUGGAAGUUCUCGUCAUAAUAAUAGCAAUAACUCUAACACACGUGGCAACUAUACUGAGAACAACAAUAAGUCAUCAUCGAAUAAGAUUCACGUAAUACAGAAUAGACAUUUUGACAGGGAUGAGUAA